AUGACCAUCCAGACGAUCCCGGCGACGGUUCCUUUCGAGGAAUUGCGGGAUAUGCCGACUCGCAGGGGUGCCUUCCGCAUGUUUGCCUCUACGCAACCUGCCUACAGUCGGGCACGGAAUUAUGUCGACUUCAUGUCUCUCAUUCUGCAUUUAAAGGAAAAAAGCCUAGUACGUACACCUCACCCAUCCCCUUUCUUCUCGAAGCUUAUUGUAACGACACAUAUCCAUAAGAUGGGAAGAGCAACGUGGUUCUGUGAUGGUGUAUAUUUUCGCAUAUAUCUGUUCGCACUCCAGGAUCGGAUACCCGGCCGUGAAUGGAUUCUUACGGGCUUGGUCUUUGGUGGUCGUGAUGACAAGCAUGGCGCUCCUCUGGAUGAAAAGCCAACGAUCUCUCGUGCUCUCUCUAUUCGUGAACCUCUCGACAUAACCUCUGGCGAACGCCCAGCCCGUGAUCAUCCUGAGGCUCCCAGAUCCGGAGCAGGCGUUCUCAUGCGCCCCUUCGUCCUUCGAUCCGCAGUCCCUGGGUUUGAAUUCAGCGAUAUCUACCCUCCAGAAGCGAUGAUAAACACGGUCAACCCCCAAGACCUCAUCGACGACAUUCAAAUAAAUGCCAACCCAUCCCUACUUAACCUGACGAACACCAUUCUCGGCCUAUCUCAACCAGGACGCUCUCAACCUCAACGUUCUCAACCUCAGACUCGACUUAUGCUGAAGCACUCCACGACAGGCCAAUGGUAUAAACUGGUCCCCAUGAGAGGCAUCGAUCCGAAGUGGCCCAUGACGACUCGGAUCUGUCGGUAUCCCGACGAGUUUCACCAUGUGUUGGUCUGGCGUGGAAAUGUAUAUAACAUCCUCUCGUGGACUCGAAGUGAGGGAUUAUACGCUAUUGCGGAUUUGCUGGGCAUGCGCAAUGGAAUCCCUUUCUUCGGGCGGUAUACAGGGUGGGUGAGAUAUUCUGCGGAUGGGCUCGGAGUUGUGGGCGAACUUGAACUUGAAGAUGCUGUGGUUGCGGAAGUGCCAGGUGCAACGGGAGGCACGAGGGCUCUAGAGUUCGCUAUGCGGGAUGGUUUGUCUGAAUCAAUGGUCUCGUGA